GUGAACUAGCCGUUAUCUCUUCUCGCCGUCUUAAUCAUAGCCGUCCCAAUCUUUGGGUUUCAGUACUUCUCUCUCAGGUUUCUUCUGUCUGAGCAGAGCCUUCACCGGAGAUAUUCUCGUUUUCUGACCGGUUUUGAAUUUCAUCCUUUGAAAAUUCCUCUGUUGAAGUAAAACUCUCUACUCUUGGUUGAUUCUGGUGACUCUCGACAUCAAGGUUUUAUUAUUUAGGUUUCAGCUUUAAUUCUCCUCUGUUUUUCUGGUUUGGUUAUUGGAAAUCCGUGAUGGAUUUUCAAUUGGAAAAGUAUCUUCAGGAGAUGUCAAUUGAAGAAGAGGAAGAUAAACCAAUUAUUCUCUCCAAUCAACCUCAAUUCUUCGCCACUGAAAGAAAUUCGCGAAGUCUAUUGGGUCGUUUUCUUAAUCCUGAUAAUCAACGUAUGAAUAAAUGGAUCUUAGAGAUGCCUAGAAUCUGGAGAUUAUAUGAUCGGGUUCGUGGGAUAGCUUUAUCAAGGGAUCGAUUUCAGUUUAUCUUCAAUAAUGAGGCGGAUCUUAUUGAGGUUUUGAAAACUGGUGUGUGGACUCAAGACGAUUGGUGUGUAGUUAUGGAACGUUGGGUUGAAAAUCCUCCACCUGAUUACCUGAUGUUCCUUCCGGUUUGGAUUCGACUUCGAAAUAUUCCUGUCAAUAACUAUACUCAGGCCACAAUUGCGACGAUAGCUGAGCGUGUGGGACAGAUCAUUGAUUUUCCUUUUGAAGAAGAACAAGCUCAAAGUCGGGAUUUUGUACGAGUCAGAGUCCUUUUAGAUGUCUCUAAAGGGCUGAAAAAUUUCAAGGAAGUGCAAACUCCGAAUGGAUCUAUAGUUAAGAUUGGAAUUGACUAUGAAAGGAUUCGUAAACGCUGUUUUCAGUGUCAGAGGUUAACUCAUGAUAAAUCAAAAUGUCCUUUCAUACCUCCUCCGAGCUUGACUGUUACUUUGAAGGAGGUUUCAGUUUCUACUUCAUCUUUUGCUCAAGAUAAAGAAGUUGUUGCUCCUAUGAAUUCUCCGUGCUCUAAUCAGUCUCAAAGAUCACCAAAAUUAUUGAUUGAUGCAAUCAAAGCUUCCUCUUCUCAGACUUCCUUACCAGACCAGGUCAAUCUACUUCCAGAGUUUUCAUCAGGUACUUCUCUUUCUGGAUCAUCUUUUGUUUUCUCUUCUGGUUGCUUAGAUGCAAGCUCUUCUGGCUCUCAUUUAGAAGAAGGGACUGCUAGUAAAAAACCAGAGUCUUGGGUUAGAAAAUCUAAAGAGAAAAAGGUUUAUGUAAAAAAAGGAAGUAUAGGAGCUUCUGUGGCUCCUUCUGAAGUUGGUUUAAAACGGAAAGGCCUAGAUAAAGGAAAAGGUGUUGCUAAACAUCUUAAGAGAGACAAUGAUACGGUGGUUCCUUGUGAACCAUCGCAGUAUCACUAG